AUGGACAGCAAUAAAGAUGAUGAAGGACUAUUGAACCGGAUUGCGUUUUCAGGAGCUGUGUCCCUGACUAGCAGCCAUGGGACUCCCCACGGGGUGCCCCUCAGGGAGGCCUUUGGGGUUCCCUUCCACCUGGACCCACCUUACUGGCAGCAAGCCUACAGCGGGCACACAGCUCGCCUUUCCUAUAUCCCAUUCCCCGGAUGCAUGGGUGUCUAUGACUACUCCUUUGAGCCUGCCUUCAUUCGAAAGAGGAACGAGAGGGAAAGGCAGCGGGUGCGCUGCGUGAACGAGGGUUACACGCGCCUGAGAGAGCACCUGCCCAAAGAAUUUGCUGACAAGCGCCUCAGCAAAGUGGAGACCCUGAGAGCUGCCAUAAGUUACAUCAAACACCUGCAGAGCUUGCUGGACUGUCAUCCCCUAGGGUCUGGUGGUAAGGAAAUGCUCUCUACCAAGGAGAUUAUGGAAGCUCCCAGUCCUGGUCCCCCCAGGGAGUGCAACAGUGAUGGGGAGUCUAAAACCUCUUCAGCGUCAUCCCCCUACAGUGAAUUUGAGGAGCCGGGCAGCUAA